AUGCUAUAUCAACGGUGGUGGACAUCAAACAUACCUCCAGGACCAAAGCCAAAGUUCAUGAUCGGAAACUUUCAUCAGAUGAAACCACACUGGACGCAUUCUUUCUUGGAGUGGUCACAGACUUACGGUCCCAUCAUCUCCGUGUGGAUGGGCUCACAGCUCAGCGUCGUCGUCACGAGCUCUGACUUAGCCAGACAAGUCUUGAGAGACAAAGACCACCAACUCUCUAACCGACAGAGGAGCGACAAGAUGACUCAGGAUGGCACAGAUCUUGUUUGGUCCGAUUACACACCACAUUACGUGAAGCUGAGGAAACUCUGCACACUCGAGCUUUUCUCCUUGAAGAGCAUUGAGAACUUCAGGUCGUUGAGAGAGAUGGAAGCAAGAUCCAUGGUUGAGUCUAUUCUCAAGGACGUGAAGAAGAGCGAUGACCAGUCGCCAAAACCGGUGGUCGUGAGGAAGUAUCUAGCUGCGGUUGUGUUGAACACAAUCUCAAGACUAAUGAUCGGGAAACAUUUCGGGGACGAGGAAGGCAAAGAGUUUAAAGCCAUCGUCGAGAAAGAGUUUCUUCUCAGCGGCGAAGGGUCGCUGUUCGACAAUGUCUGGUGGCUAAGAUGGGUUUCGGCUUGGAUCAUCAGCGACAAGGCUUACUUGUCGCACAUGGAACGGAGAACAAAAUGGUUUAGAGGAGCUAUAAAGCCUAUACUAGAGGAAGAAGACGUAGCAUUCAAGGAACAUCAAGGGUUUGUUCGGAAACUGCUGGAGUUGAAAGAGAAGAAAGAGCUGACUGAAGAGACGGUUCAUGGAGUCAUCUGGAACAUGUUCACCGCAGGCUCCGACACAACAGCGGUUAUCAUCGAAUGGGCUAUGGCAGAGAUGAUCAAAUGCCGUGACGUGCAAGAAAAGGCACAGCAAGAGCUUGAUUCCGUUGUUGGAACGGAACGGUUAAUGACUGAAGCAGAUAUCCCAAAGCUGCCAUAUCUACAAUGCUUGGUUAAAGAAGCUCUCCGGCUUCAUCCAUCAACGCCACUAAUGCUUCCACACAAAGCAAGCGAAACGGUUUGGUUAGGUGGGUACAAGGUGCCUAAAGGAACAACGGUUUAUGUCCAUGUGGAGGCGAUUAACCGGGAUCCAGCGAACUGGAGAAACGCGGAUGAGUUUAGACCAGAACGGUUUCUCUUGGAGGAUAUUGAUGUCAAAGGUCGAGACUUUAGGGUUCUUCCGUUUGGUUCGGGGAGACGAGUGUGUCCAGCAGCACAGCUCAGCAUGAACUUGAUGGCGUUGGUGAUGGGAAACUUGUUGCAGUGCUUCUCAUGGAGCUCACCUAUUCCUGGGGAGAGUAUUGACAUGACUGAGAAUCCUGGAUUGCUCUGUAGCAUGAGGACUCCAGUGCAGGCUCUAGCUUCGCCGAGAGCUGUCACAAGAGUUGUGUCUUUAAAUUUGGAUUGA